UUGGAUACAGUGAUGGAGAAGUUCUCACACGCUUUUUUACCAGUUGUAACGCUUUACCUUUUGUUAGGAAGAGUUGGGUGCGAGUAUCUGGUGCAGCAAGAAGAGAUGGCCUGAUGUUCCUGCUGGGAAUGGCUUUGUCGGUAGACUCAGCUUCAUACCGUUGGCAGCGACUCGGAGCCAAAAGUGGCCCCCAGACUGUGUCAGAAUCAACACCUCUGCUGUUUUCUGUCAGAGACAGACUGAAACUCAACUUGAACAAGUGGAGAAUUGUGUUUUCCAACAAUGGGAGGCAGCAGAGAGGCUGGGACCAAGCUUCUAGAUUUUAUUCUGGAAACAGGAUACAAACUACAAAAUACACAUGGCUUACUUUUUUGCCCAAAAAUCUUUUUAAGCAGUUUCACAGGCUAGCUAAUCUUUAUUUCCUCUUCCUGGUGGUUCUAAACUGGUUCCCACAAAUGGAAGUCUUCCACAGGGAGAUUACUAUGAUUCCUCUGAUCGUGGUGCUGCUUGCCAGUAUGAGUAAGGAUGCUAUUGAAGACUAUAAAAAAUACCAAUUUGAUAAGAAGAUAAACUCUUCUAAAAGCAGGGUAUAUGACAAGGAAGACCGUGCCUAUGUUGAGAAGUGCUGGAAAGAUGUCCUAGUGGGAGAUUUUGUUCAGCUGCAGUGUAAUGAGACCAUCCCAGCUGAUAUCCUCUUGCUGUACUCCUCUGAUCAGAACGGGAUCUGCCACUUGGAAACUGCCAACCUUGAUGGAGAGACCAACCUUAAACAGCGACGAGUUGUCAUGGGGUUCUCCAGCCAGAAUACUUCGUUUGAACCAGAACUUUUCCAAAAUACCAUCAUCUGUGAAAUGCCUAACAAUGAUCUCAAUAAAUUCAAAGGAUACAUGGAACAGCCAAAUCAUGAACGGAUUGGUUUUAACAUUGAAAGCCUUCUGCUUCGUGGAUGUACAAUCAGAAAUACUGAAGUUGCAAUAGGAAUUGUUAUAUAUGCAGGUCAUGAAACCAAGGCCAUGCUGAAUAACAAUGGUCCUCGCUACAAGCGCAGCAAGAUAGAGCGACGGAUGAACAUGGAUAUUUUCUUGUGUGUGGGACUCCUGUUCAUAAUGUGUCUUGUUGGUUCUAUAGGGCAUGGCAUUUGGUCUGGAAGUUUCCCAGAACACCCACCUUAUGAUGUCCCAGAUGAGAAUGGCAAUUUUCUGUCUCCAGUUCUUUCUGGCUUCUACAUGUUCUUGACUAUGAUAAUCUUGUUGCAGGUUUUGAUCCCCAUUUCUCUUUAUGUGUCCAUUGAAUUAGUCAAGUUGGGCCAAGUCUUUUUAAUUCACAAUGACAUUGACCUAUAUAAUGAAGAAGCAGAUUUGCCCAUACAGUGCCGAGCCCUAAAUAUUACUGAAGAUCUUGGGCAAAUCCAAUAUAUUUUCUCAGACAAAACUGGGACACUAACAGAAAACAAAAUGGUAUUCCGACGCUGUACUGUGGAUGGACAUGAGUUUUCACAUCAGGAAAAUGCCAAGCGCCUGGAAAUGCACAAAGAGUUGGACUUAGAAGAUGAGGACUUCGCAAAACUUCAGCAAUUCACACUUCCUCCAAUGAAUAUUGAAAAACCAGCCACUUAUCAGAGGACCAUGAGACCUUUAAGGAGGUCCCAGAGUGCCAGGGCUCACUUUCAGGGGCAUACAAGGAGCAGAUCACUUGGUCGUCGUGAUAGCAACCAAUCUCAAGUGGCAUUCAGCAGUACCAUUGAGAAGGAUGUGACUCCGGAUAGCAGGCUGCUGAGGAGAGUGAGGGAAGCUGCACUGCGGACUGAAAACCUCUCUCCUUUUAUACAUAUGAAAACUGCCACUGCUCUCACUGACUUUUUUCUUGCCCUUGCCAUCUGCAAUACAGUCGUAGUCUCCACAACUACUGAGCCAAGACAAAGGGUUACAGUCCCACCACCAAUAAAACCCUCAGGAAUCACCCUGGAGAAGAUUCAUCAGAUAUUUCAGCGGCUGAAACUAGUAAGCCUUAGCCAGUCUUUUUCAUCUUCUCAGUCUAGUUCAGACCUAGGAGCUAGCUUCAGUGCAAAGAACACAGAGGAGCAUCUUGCCACGCUGGAUUGCUGUGACAACGAUGACAGCUGCUGUGACAGCAGUAGGGGCGCUGGGCUCCAGGACAAGAGCAGCACAGACAUUGGCAGUGCUUCCUUGGAUGAGGUUUUUCAGUCUGUUACUCGUGCUACUUUGCCAACAGACUUUUGCUAUGAGGCUGAGAGCCCAGAUGAGGCAGCACUUGUCUAUGCUGCCCAAGCAUACAGUUUUACUUUAGUGUCCCGGACUCCUGAACAGGUGACAGUACGGUUGCCACAGGGCACACUUCUAACUUUUGAUAUUCUCUACACUUUGGGAUUUGACUCAGUAAGGAAAAGGAUGUCUGUAGUGGUGAGACACCCUCUGACCAAGGAGAUCAUUGUCUACACAAAAGGAGCUGACUCUGUUAUAAUGGACUUGUUGGAAGACCCUGGCAAAGCUGAUACUAAUGCAGAGAGGAGAAUGAAAAGAAUAAAGGACAAAACACAGAAACAUUUGGACUACUAUGCACGUGAUGGCCUCCGAACUCUUUGCAUAGCUAAGAAGGUCUUGAGUGAGGAUGACUUUCAGAAAUGGGCCAAUUUUCGUCAAGAGGCAGAAGCUGCAAUUGACAACAGAGAUGAGCUGUUAAUGGAGACAGCACAGCAUCUGGAGACCAAACUCACCUUGCUGGGAGCAACAGGGAUUGAAGAUCGGCUACAAGAUGGAGUGCCUGACACUAUCGCAGCGCUUCGAGAAGCUGGGAUACAGAUCUGGGUGCUGACAGGAGACAAACAGGAAACAGCAGUUAACAUUGCAUAUUCCUGUAAGCUCCUGGACCAAAGGGACACUGUCUUCACUAUUAACACAGAAAAUAAGGAAACUUGCGAAUCGCUCUUGAAUUUAACCUUGGAAGAAGUGAGGAAGAACUAUGAGGUUGAAAAACCACAGAGGAAACUUUUUGGCUUUAUCCCAACAUCUUUACCAGCCUCUGAGACACCCAGCCCUGAAUUUGGGCUGGUGAUCGAUGGAAGGACACUGGACAUCAUCCUGCAGGGAGGUCUGGAGGAGCGGUUCUUGGAGCUGGCGCGGCUCUGCCGCUCGGUGCUGUGCUGCCGUUCCACCCCGCUGCAGAAGAGCAUUGUGGUCAAGCUGGUGCGGAGGCAGCUCAAAGUGAUGACCCUGUCCAUAGGUGAUGGUGCAAAUGAUGUAAGUAUGAUUCAAGCAGCUGAUGUUGGAAUUGGAAUAUCUGGCCAAGAAGGCAUGCAGGCUGUGAUGGCUAGUGACUUUGCAAUAUCCCGAUUCAAGCAUCUCAAAAAACUGCUUCUCGUCCAUGGACAUUGGUGUUAUGCUCGCUUGGCAAAGAUGGUGAUUUACUUUUUCUACAAAAAUGUGAGCUACGUCAACCUGCUCUUCUGGUACCAGUUCUUCUGCGGGUUCUCAGGCAACACAAUGAUAGAUUAUUGGCAGAUGAUUUUUUUCAAUCUUUUCUUCACCUCGUUGCCCCCUCUGGUCUUUGGAGUUCUGGAUAGAGAUGUUUCUGCAGAAACUCUACUGAGCUUGCCUGAGUUAUACAAGAAUGGGCAGAAUUCAGAGAUAUACAAGCUGUCGACUUUUAUUAUUACAAUGUUGGAUGCCUUCUAUCAAAGCCUCGUUUGCUUCUUUGUCCCCUAUUUGGCAUACAAGGAUUCCGACAUCGAUGUGUUUUCCUUUGGAAACCCCAUCAAUACUGUUUCCCUCCUGACCAUCCUCUUGCAUCAGGCUCUAGAAAUGAAAACAUGGACACUGUUCCACUGGAUCACGAUAAUUGGGAGUGUGGUAAUUUACUUCGUCUUCUCUCUGAUCUACAAUGCUGUGUGCAUGGCCUGCAACCCUCCCACCGACUCCUAUUGGAUAAUGGAGAAACAGCUUUCAGAGCCCACUUUCUAUUUAGUGUGUCUCAUCACUCCAGCCAUCGCACUCUUGCCAAGGUACUUUAUUUUUGCUCUUCGAGGAACCUUUGGAGCAUCACUGCUUCUGAAAGCUCAACAGUUAGAUAAACUUCCUAAAGGGCAACGGGAUUGUGAGAUCCAGAAACUGAGGUCAAGAAAACAAACUACUUCUGAUGCACCUGUAGCGUCACCAGCACCCACUGAGGAUCUUGACCAACGCAACAGCCACUUUUGUUUUUCACCAUUUUUACAUCCAGUAGCAGCAUCUGUACCUCCGGUGGACGCAGGAAGUCAGGGACUUUUGGCCUCUGAGGUGAAUCCUCUCCGGAAAUGGGCACUUGAGGAAGGAUACUAUUUCUUUAACAGGUGGGCAGAGGAAGAAUCUACUGCUACAGAGUCUUCCUCGGGACCUCUCUCUGGCUGUUACCCCCUAGUAUCCAGUGGGAUAGCAUCUCCUGUACAGGACAGUGGCAAACUAACUAAAGGAAAAGCUAAGAAUUUUAACUGUGGAAGCCAUCGGCGAUCUGUGAGUGCAGUGACACUUUGAAGAUGCAUUCAGAAAUGAGAUUCCUUUUCUGGACAUGGUAUCUCUGCUCUGCAGCGCAAUUGGAGAAAGAUAGCAUCGGGAAAAUAAAAAUUACACUUAUACUUCAUCAUAAUGCUCACUACAAAAGGAGAGAGAGGUGUGGAUUUAUAAACUCGCUGGAGUAGUGCAAUAGGAUUUCUAAUAUUCGGCUUCUCUUUAGUGCAUAUAUCACUGGAGAUGACUUCUUGAUCUUCCUGGUAUUGUGUCAUUUGAGAAAAAUUACGCGAUCAUUAAGCAGUUGCUGAGAAAGCUACAAUUUCUUUCUUUC